AUGUUUGGGACCGAUUGGGAUGUCAUCGUUUUAGAGGGGUUUGGUAAACAAUCGGUGGAUUUAUUGCUGGACAACGUUUCGCUUUUGACACAAAAGCUUCGUCAGGCCAAAAGGGCGAAACCGGUCAUGGGCUGUCGAAGAGUUUUCAGCAACCUUAUGAGUAGUGCAUUACAAAUAUACAUACAUCGCGAUAUCUCGAAUAUCGUAGCGACUGAAACAUGA